AUGGUGAAGCUUCCAUUCUUCGAUUCGACUCAAUCUUCUUCAUCUUCUGCGCGAUCUUUGUAUCAUCCGAAUAUCAAGAAUUUCAACCGCCGGUCACUGCAAUUUGAGUGUUCAUUCAGUAUAUUAAAUCCAUCCUCUUUGUCGAGAAAGGGUCUUGAUGUUCAUACUGUCCAUCUCCAUAGGCUACUGAUGCGCUUUCAACAUUUAGAGUCUUUAUCCUUAUGUGGUUGUACGGAGCUCAAUGAUUCAGGAUUAACCCGUCUGCUAAGCUAUGGUUCGAAUUUACAGAAACUUAAUCUAGAUUGUUGUUUGAAAGUUACUGAUUACGGGCUAUCCCUGGUUGCUUCUGGUUGUCCCUCAUUGACGUCAAUUAGUCUCUAUCGGUGUAUCAACAUUUCUGAUGACGGAUUAGAGACUUUAGCCACUGCUUGUUUAUCUUUGAAAUGCAUAAACCUCUCGUACUGCUCACAAAUAUCCGACAAAGGGUUGAAAGCUCUUACUCAGAGGUGUCGUCAGCUUCAGGCAGUUAACAUAUCACACUGUGAGAGUAUAAGAGGUGUUGGCUUCAAAGGGUGUUCAAAAUCUCUCACACAUGUAGAGGCUUGGUCUUGUAAGCUCAACCCAGAAGGGGUGACGGGAAUAAUUAGUGGCGGUGGUAUAGAGUAUCUAGACGUAUCUUGUUUAAGUUGGUAUCCCUUAGGAGAUACCUUGCUUGGAAUAAGAUUGUCCUCAAACCUCAAAGUCCUUAACUUUCGAAUGUGCAGAUCUGUUUCCGAUACUUCUAUUGUUGCAAUAGCCAUGGGAUGUACACUACUUGAAGAAUGGAACUUAGCAUUAUGUCAUGAGGUGAGGAUAUCUGGAUGGCAAGCAGUGGGGUUAUAUUGUCAGAAUUUGAAGAGACUGCAUGUUAAUCGAUGCCGUAAUCUCAAUGAUAAUGGCCUGCAGGCAUUACGAGACGGUUGCAGAAGUCUCUCGGUUUUGUACUUGAAUGGUUGUGUUCACGUGACUCCUUUUGCAUUAGAGUUAUUCAAGUCUCACAGAGCAAAUGUUUGUAUAAAGGAUGAAGAGAGACUAGUUCAUCUUUGGGCGCUUGAAUCCGCGGAACGCGAUGCCUUUUUGGCGAACGAAGCAACGAAAAAAUGGACAUCGAGCAAUCAAGUUCUGGUGGAAAUAGCUUGCACUAGAUCUUCUGAUCAAUUGUUUUCUGCAAAGAAGGCUUAUCAUGUUCUUUAUAAGAAGUCUAUUGAGGAAGAUGUUGCUCAUCACACAACUGGAGACUACCGGAAGCUCCUAUUGCCUCUGGUUAGUUCUCACCGCUAUGAAGGAGAUGAAGUGAACUUGACUAUAGCAAAAGCUGAGGCAAAGAUACUUCACGAAAAGAUUUCGAAAAAGGCUUAUAACGACGACGAUCUCAUUAGGAUUCUGGCCACAAGGAGCAAAGCACAAGUUAAUGCUACUUUGAAUCACUACAAAGAUGCAUUUGGAAAAGAUAUAAACAAGGACCUGAAGGAAGAUCCAAAAGACGAGUUUCUGUCAUUGCUGAGAUCAACUGUCAAGUGCUUGACUCGUCCUGAGAAGUACUUUGCGAAGAUAGUUCGUCUGUCGAUCAAUAAGCACGGAACGGAUGAAGGGGCUCUUACAAGAGUUGUGGCAACAAGAGCUGAAAUUGACUUGAAAAUUGUGGCUGAUGAGUAUCAAAGGAGGGACAGUGUCCCUCUUGACCGUGCCAUUGUGAAGGACACAACUGGUGACUAUGAGAAAAUGCUUUUGGCACUUUUAGGACAUAAUGAUGCUUGA